AUGUCGCUUGGCUGUUUAAGAGAGAAAAACAUUGAGGAUUUUCUGAAAGCUUCUGAACUACCUCGCAGUGUGGGAUUCGUCAACAAAGUGCCAGUCUUGCUUGGAGUAAACAAAAACGAUGGCGGCAUCGUUCCUCUUUCUGAAAUAGCCAGAACUCUUGGCCAGGAAGUUUCUUCCGAGCUUUUCAGUAGUUUGGUAAAGAAUGCGAGGUUUUCAUCCAACGAAGAAUCUGAUCCCAUGAAAGGGGCCAUUUUGUACCAGUACACCAACCACCCGGUACCAGAUUCCACUCGCAGCAUCGAAAAGCAGUGGCUUGAUCUUGUGACAGACUCAUGGUUCAAUGCCCCGGCAGUACAUAUGGCCAAAGCCCUCGUGAGAGGUGGUAGUCAUGUGCGUCUGUACCAAUUUAGCUAUCGAACGGAGUUGACUCUGUACCCAGAAAUCCUUGGGGUCGUUCAUGGAGAGGAGAUCCCUUAUGUAUUUUCAUGGCCGUGGGCCAAUCAUGAAGGGACCUUGGAAAUGGCGUCAUCGUACAAUGGUGUGGAGCGAGGCCUUUCAACGGUGAUGGUAAACCUUUGGACUAUAUUUGCGCAGUAUGGAGAUCCGGUUAAAAGCGAUCCUGACAUUAACUGGCCUGUCUUCUCGACCGACGGUGAAAAGUACUUAGUUAUUGACCUGGACGAUCCGCUUUGA